ACCAAACUCGUCAGUCAAAAAUUUUGAACGAGAAGGAGGCUGUGCGCGAAGUGAAUUUAAAACAAAAUUAAUAAACAUACGCUAAAAUUACAAUAACAGUCACAAAAAUAAUGUUCUAAAUUCACCUUUUGCAUGGUGAAACAGUGUUGUUUUUAUUUUACCUAAACCAACAUCAUGGAGUUGGUGGACGUGGAAGAAUGUCAGCCUGACCCGACCGCCACCGCGAGAAAGAAAGGUUUAUGGGCUAAAAUUAACAAUAAGACCACCUACAGCUAUUUAUUUAACAUCGUAAUAUCGAUACUAUUGCUCACAUGUUUAAUUUUAGUGUUGUACUUCUUCAAGGAGUACCUAAAAACAAUUUUAUAUUGGGUGGACAACCAAGACCCUUGGAUUGUGUUUUUAUUGUUUAUGGGGUUGUUUUUAGUGGUUAGUUUCCCAGUGACGAUUGGUUAUUUAGUGUUAAUAAUUACUAGUGGUUAUUUGUUCGGAAUCUUGAAGGGUUUUGGGACAGUGCUAGUGAGUGCGAAUUUCGGCGUUGCUGUGGCGCAUUUCACGCUGAAAGCGUUGAGGAAAUACCUGCCUCUGGACACUCUACUGAAGAAUGAGACUGCCAGGGCCCUGCUCAAGGUGAUCUCCGGGCCGCAAGCCUUCAAAAUUGUGUUCUUUGCCCGGCUCACUCCAAUACCCUUUGGCCUGCAGAAUACAAUAUUUGCUGUGAGUGACGUCCGCGGCUGCGGCUACCACCUGGCGACGUGCCUCGGGCUGAUGCCGGCGCAGCUCAUCAACGUGUACCUCGGCUCCACGCUGCGCUCCAUGCACGACGUGCUACACGAGUCGCACGCCACGGGCUACGUCGUGUUCGCGCUGCAGAUCCUGAUCGGCAUAACCCUCAUGGUGUGGGUGGUCCAGAAAGCGCGCAAGGAACUAACCCUCGCCAUCAUGCAAGCGGAGCUAGGUAGGGAGACGAUAUCCUCCUCAAGCGACUCGUCUGUCAGCUAGCCCUCGCCGCGACAGUCCACCGACGUGGACAGUGUCUCGUCGCCGAGCUAGUGCGCCGCCGGGGUGGAGAUGUGGUCGACGAUACUCGCGCGGCCGCCGCUUCACCCGCUAGCGCUGGAGUCCUGCGUGUGAGAGGGAGAUGGCUAGUGGUACUCAGGAUCGUGUUUACUAGCUGGAGUCCUACGUGUGAGAAAGAGAUGGCUAGUACUCAGACAGGAAAGUGUACACUGUGCCGGUCGCAUUGGAGUCCUGUGAGAAAGAGGUCGCUAGUGAUUGUCAGGAUAACGAUGUAUUCAGUGCUGGAGUACCUAUGGUUACAGAGAGUGUGACGUCACAUGCACGGGUUGUUAUAGCCAAUGGUGUUGUAGUGUUGUACUCGCAAGCGCAGGUAUAUUAGUCGUUGCGCGAAAUGCUCAGAAUAAUGUAGUAAGAUUCGAAUCUAGUGUAAAGCUGGAAGGAUCUGGCUGCAGAUGUGAUAUGAACUAGUUUAAUCUAAUUUUUACGUGUCCGUGACACAUUGAAGAGCUGCCAACUGACCGAGCUGUGAUGUGGCUCGCUAGGGGGUCAAUUCUGCUAAUUGUGUUUGUUGCACGUUAAAAACGUCGUUGUCGUUGUUGCAGACUUGAAUCGCGGGUACCCGACCUCUUACACGCUGUGAAAAUGCAAGAGCGGUGAAGAUUAUCAUAAGUAGGUACUUAGUACAAUUGAAAUUGUAUCUCAAAACGAAAAUUCCUUAUAAACUUAAGUAUCAAGUAUUAGUAUUAUAGGAUAAUAUUUUUUAUACUUAAUAUAUUUAUUGCUUCCAGA